CUGUAGCUAGUACUACUAGUACUACUAGUGCACAGUGCUCAUAGUCAUGUUUUUUCUUUUUUCUUCACUUUCAAGCCUGCCUUUUCCUGAACAGCGGGAAAACAGUUCGAUGUGGGAUUAUGCAUGGGGUUUAGUGGAAAACGGGAACAAAAUUGGGUGCAAGACAUGGAGUGUGAAAUUUAGAGUGACCUGUUUAUAGAAUGCGUAACCGUUUUAUAAAAGUGCUAGCGAUAUCGCGUACUAUUUGAAUAAUUUCAUCAAAUUAGCAGGAACACAGGAGCGCAGUUUUACCUGCUUCAGUAAAGGGCCUGUGAGAAUUCACUAUGCGGAGUGAAAAACGUAGCUCUGAAAUAUUACGUUUUUGAAUGGGUCCACGCGACUCUGAUCUGAAGUUGCCUGGAUGGGAUGCACAGUGAGUUUCAUCUGUUGUGAAGACGACCUCCUACAGAUUUCUCCCCACCAACAUGACAAAAAGAAAGAGAACAAGAAACUGUUGAAAAAGCCUGAGGAGUUUGAGGGGAUCCAUUCACACACCUUUCGGGUGAAGACGUUCAAGAAGAGCAAGCACUGUGGCGUGUGCAAACAGACCGUCAGCCAGGAGGGGCUAAUUUGCAAAGUGUGCCGGCUGACUUGCCACAAGACAUGUGAAGUGAAGGCACCUGGUAACGACAUCCCCCUGAAGCAUGUAGAGACCUUGGGCUCCACAAAGUCCUCCAAGAGUAUGGAGUCUCCACGCAUACCAUCAAGGAGUGUGAGUCUGCUACAGGCCCUGGAAGAGAACUAUGAGUUGGACCUGGUCUACAUCACUGAGAGGAUCAUCUCAGUCUCCUUCUCCAGCUCUGCGGAUGAGAACAGCUACUCUGCAAACCUCCGCGAGGUGGCUUCCAUGCUGCGCUCCAAACACCAAGACAACUACCUGCUCUUCAACCUCAGCGAGAAACGCUGUGACAUCAACCAGCUCAACCCAAAAGUGUUGGACUUUGGCUGGCCGGACCACCACGCGCCUGCCCUGGAUAAGAUCUGCACUAUCUGUAAGGCUAUGGACAGUUGGCUGAGUGCAGACAGUCACAAUGUAGUAGUGAUACACAACAAGGGGAACCGAGGGCGAACAGGAGUGGUGGUGGCAGCAUACAUGCAUUACAGCAACAUAUCAGCCAGUGCCGACCAGGCCCUGGACAGGUUCGCCAUGAAGAGGUUCUAUGAAGACAAAGUACUUCCUGUGGGUCAGCCGUCUCAGAAGAGGUAUGUACAGUACUUUAGCGGCCUUCUUUCUGGGAAUAUUAAGAUCAACAACAAACCCCUGUUCCUUCACCACGUCAUCAUGCACGGCAUCCCCAACUUUGAGUCCAAAGGAGGUUGUCGCCCUUUCCUCAAGAUCUAUCAGGCCAUGCAGCCAGUCUACACAUCUGGGAUCUAUAGUGUCCAGGGCGACAGCCAGACCAGUGUCUGCAUCACCAUUGAGCCAGGCCUGCUGCUGAAGGGGGACAUUCUGCUGAAGUGUUACCACAAGCGCUUCCGAAGCCCACAGCGGGAUGUGAUCUUCCGGGUGCAGUUCCAUACAUGCGCUGUGCACGACUUGGGAAUCGUCUUUGGGAAGGAUGAGCUCGACGAGACCUUCAAAGAUGACAGAUUCCCAGAUUUUGGAAAGGUGGAGUUUGUUUUUUCCUUUGGUCCAGAAAAAACCAAUGGGAUGGACCACUUGGAGAAUGGGCCCACUGUCUCAGUGGACUACAAUACCCAAGAUGCUCUAAUCCGCUGGGACUCCUAUGAGAACCUCGACCAGCAUUGUGAGGAGACUAUGGAUGACGUCAUACACACCCAGGGCCCUCUGGACGGCAGCCCCUAUGCUAAAGUCCGCAAGAAGGAGUCCAUCGAGGAUGCAGUCACUGCCAACGACCUCCUGCCCACCGCCACCGAACACGUCCUACCCACGGUUGACCACGCCCUGUCGGUGAGCAGCGACUCAGGCAACUCCACCGCCUCCAUCAAGACCGACCGCACUGAUGAGCCAGCCCCAGCAGCAGCAGCCCCACCAGUGAGCCAGCCGCCAGCGGCCCAGGAAGAGGCCCCAGUCUCGGGCACGGUCCUGGCCGUCCAGCUCAUCAGUCCCCAGGAGAAGCAGGACCUGGAGCAGCUGCUCAGUGGCCUGGAGGGCCCCAUGCAUUGCCAGGACUACCUGUCCUCUCCAUCGGGCGGAGGGAUGGGGAUAGGACUAGGGGGAGGGGGAAUACUACACCUGGUGCCUGCCCAAGUUCAUGUGAAUGGCCACAACAGCAGCAUGGACAGAGAAACAGAUAUUCUGGAUGACGAGGUGGAACUGCCCACCAGCCAGGAAGGUAACAGCAUGGACAGCUUGGGCACUCUGUCAUCCGUGGAAGGGAGAGCCACGCCAGCAGACCUCUACUACCAGGCUGAGACGGUUAUCAACGGGCAUGACAAGGUCCCCUAUCUAGAGAGGAGCAUCCCAGACAGGCCCCCGGAAAACAUUGUCAUAAAUGUCGCAAUAGGCUCACAUGAUGUGGCUGACCAGGUUCCCGUCACCUUAGUGCGAAGCCUCUGCUCAGCUCAGGAUGGGACAGGUGAGUCAGUUCCCCCUGCGAGCGAUUACAUUAUCAGCCAGAAUGGAAACCUGUAUUGCUCACAGUCAUUCGGUGCAGACCAGAAUCCCCUCCCUCGAGCGCCAGCACGCAACACCAGCAGCCGUAACGCCGUCCAACGUGGGCUCAACGUGUGGCAGCAAUAUGGCGUCCCAGAAGAGCCGGUGAUGGACGGGGUGUAUUUUGGCUCUCCUCCACCCUCCAUGCCUCUACAGAGCCACCACAGCAUGCCCCACUUCCCCCACCAGCAGACUGCCUCACAGCAGGAGAUUGAGCAGUCCAUUGAGGCGCUCAACCUGCUGAUGCUGGACCUGGACCCCGGACGCCUGUUGGGGAAAGUGCCAAAGUCCCAGAGUGUCCCGGGAGAUAACAAGGAGGUGGUGACCACACAACCAUCCUUUUCCCAGUCCCUGGCCAGGCCCUCCUACCAGGCUGACUCAGCUAUCUCAGGAAGCCCUGCACCCAGCCUAGCUCAGGUCAUGCUGAGGUCCUCCCCUUUCCAGCCGUCCACGUCUCCAGAGCCCUCUGCCAUCCAGAGACCAACAGCCAUCUACCACCCUGGUCCCUCUGUAGCCCCCAUCCCUGGCUUCCCCACUGAACCUUCUAGCCAAGGGGCAGCCAGAACCAGCUCUCCCACCCAGGUCCCCAGUAGCGUGGGCCAGCUGCAGCUGAAACCCAUCAACGUGUACCCCCCCAGCAUCGUGUACCCGUCCCUGUCCUCUGAGCUCCGGGAGCCCCAACAGAGCCCCAGUGCCACGUUCUCAUCACCCAAUCCCAGCGAUGCAGAGCCUGAUGAAGCGUUCAACGUGGAGGGCCUAGUAGCCCAGCGUGUGUCAGAGUACUCGGCCCGAAUGCAACGCCGACUCACGUCUCCUCAGUCUGAGCACCGUCACUCCCUCUCCCUCUCUGGUGUCCAGUCUUGUGGGACGUCAUUGGACGAGGCAUCGGCCCCGCCCCAUCACCGCACCACUAGUGAGAGACAAUGCAUCAACGGCCACGACGAAAGCUCUUCCUACCAACCCCCGGUCCGCUCCCCUAUUCGUUGCGUCUCACCGGAGUUCGUCAACACCAUAGCGCUGAAUCCCGGGGGGCGUCCCAAGGAGAGACACAUCCACAGCUACAGAGAGGCCUUUGAGGAGUUGGAUGGAGGCCAAAUCAGCCCCACGCCCACUGUUGGUGGUGAGGUGUUCCCCCAUACCCCUGCCUUCCCCGUCUCACCGCAAACCCCUUACUUCAACCUGUGCCAAGCUCGUUCCCCUCCAGGUCUGAUGAAGACCCCUCUCUCUGCCUUGGGCCUCAAACCCCACAACCCAGCUGAGAUCCACCUCAACCAGAGUGGAUCAGAGCCGUUGAGCUACGUGGAGUCAGUGGCCAGAUCCGCUGUGGCCGGUGGGGGACCAGCAGGACCCCCCGUGACCCUCACCCCCCCAGGAUGGACCUUGGCUAGGCAGACGAACCCUGACCCCUCCCCAACCCUCAACCCCCUAUUGUCUAGCUGCAGCCCCAUCCACAGAUCAGAGGGAGAACACCCGUUGGCUGACAGCAGUGCGAUCAUCCCCUCGCAAGCGUCCAUUGACUCCAGCUUACGCUCCUUUCCUUCCGAGGGCACGUAUCCCAUCCACUCCCCCACCCCUAUCCCCAUUGCCACUCCCACCCCAUACCUCCAGGCCCUGGGCUCCCCAUCUCCCUUCCUUCAAGCCCUGGGAACCCCCACCUCCUCCUACCUGAGCUCCACCUACCCCACCCUGUCUUACCUGUGUUCCCCCACCACCACACCCUCCUGGGACCUGGGUCACAGUGGCCAUAUGGGGAGCUAUGUCUCCCCGGACCCCAGCCCCCCCCCCGCUCCAGCCAGAGGCAUCUGCCCGGGAAACCUUGUGGCCAUCCUCCCCUCGUUAAGAUCAAGAAGUCUCCACACACUGCAUCGUGACCCCAACACCUCAUCUAGCAUCCCCUCCCUUCAACAUCGGCAACAGCCCACCAAUCAGUGCAGCCCUGUCAUGGGCCACCAGCCCGGUCCGGCCAAUGGCUUUGUGGAGUUUGGGAUCACUGGGAUGGUAAUGACAGGCAGUCCCGUGUUGGGCCGCCACCACUAUAACCCAUGUGUGUCCCAGGGGACACAGUCUAGCCCAGUGCUGAGCCAACAACCGUCCCUGAUGCAGGCCUCCCAGGACAGCCCCAUGCUCAGUUGCCAGCCCUCCCUCACCUACAGCCAACCCAUCCAGUCCAGUAUCCAGAGUAGUCCGGUGCUGAGCCGACAUCCAUCCCUCACCUACAGCCAACCCAUCCAGUCCAGUAUCCAGAGUAGUCCGGUUCUGGGCCGACAUCCAUCCCUCACCUACAGCCAACCCAACCAGUCCAGUAUCCAGAGUAGUCCGGUUCUGGGCCUACAUCCAUCCCUCACCUACAGCCAACCCAUCCAGUCCAGUAUCCAGAGUAGUCCGGUGCUGAGCCGACAUCCAUCCCUCAUUCACCAGCAGGGCAAUGGUAGUAGUCCUGUGCUGGGCCGACACCCGUCCCUCGGCCAGAUGUCACAAUGCAGUCCAAGUCUGGACCGACACCCAAUGCUGCAUAGUAGCGGCUACACCACCCCGGACGAAAGGCAGGGCACCCUGUCCCGUCAGAGCUGCUCCUCUGGGUACAACCCGCCCUCCACGCCCUCCUUCCAUGUCUCCAACGCGGGCUAUCUGGACGAGGGGAUAAUGAUGGGGGUACGGCAGGGCAGUCCGGCCCCACAGGCUCAGCCCCAGCUACCGGAGAAGAGGCGAAUGUCCAUUGGGGAGAGGCCCAACGGGGGGCUCUCGUACGGGACACUGAAUGGGAAAGUGUCCUCCGCCAUGUCGAGUGGAGGCAGCACGCCCAGCACUAGCUACUUUCAUACACUGCCAGACUUCUCCAAGCUUAACAUGACUGAUGGGAGUCCAGAGACCAGGCUGAAUGUAAAGUUCGUUCAGGAUACGUCCAAGUUCUGGUACAAGCCUGAUAUCUCCCGUGAACAAGCCAUCGGCCUGCUGAGAGAGAAGGAGCCAGGGGCCUUUGUCAUCCGGGACAGUCACUCCUUCCGAGGGGCCUAUGGCCUGGCCAUGAAGGUGGCCUCUCCUCCUCCUCCUACUGCUCAGCAUUCCAAGAAAGCUGGUGACAUCACUAACGAGUUGGUGAGGCACUUCCUGAUUGAGACGAGUCCUAAGGGAGUGAAACUGAAAGGAUGUCCCAACGAACCUUACUUUGGUUGUCUGUCAGCUCUGGUGUACCAGCACGCCAUGACUCCACAGGCCCUGCCCUGUAAACUGGUCAUCCCUACCAGAGAUCUCCACCAGGAUGUCCCAGAUAUCGCCACGCCAACCAACCAGGCUGACUACCUCCUGAAACAUGGAGCAGCAUGCAAUGUGCUGUACAUCAACUCGGUGGACAUGGAGUCUCUGACGGGACCUCAGGCCAUCGCCAAGGCGAUCUCGGAGACGAUGGCCGCCGCGUCCCCACCCACCGCCACCGUUGUGCACUUCAAGGUGUCGCCCCAAGGCAUCACCCUGACGGAUAACCAGAGGAAGCGUUUCUUCCGGCGCCACUACCCUAUCAACACUGUCACGUUUUGUGAUGUCGACCCUCAGGAGAGAAGGUGGAAUAAACCUGAUGGGGGCACAGCCAAGUUUUUUGGGUUUGUGGCUCGGAAGCAAGGAAGCACAACUGACAACGUCAGUCACCUCUUUGCCGAGAUGGACCCCGAUCAGCCCGCCAGCGCCAUCGUCAACUUUGUCUCCAAAGUGAUGAGCGGCUCACAGAAACGAUGAGCUGACCUUUUGGCGACCCCUGGCUUUUAGUUAUUUUGGGUUGUUGUUCUUUUUAACUACGGAGGGAAUAUAUUUCCUUUUUUUUAGUUUGUAUUCUAAGUUUAAUCUUAGGUUUCACCUCUUUCCUUCUGAUCUCGUCUUUUACCUGUGUGUGUGUGUGUGUGUCUUUGUUUCUUCUUGGAAGGACUCCUUCGUGGUGCGAACUAGGGGGGAUAGAGGAAGUGCAGUUUGUGGGGUGUGGCUGUGUAAGCUGUUGAAUGUUGGCUAUGGGAGGCCAUUGUGAUCUCUCUAGCAGGGCAGCACAAGAACAGGAAGAGGAAAUCAUGUCAGUGAUGAUGUCAGUGAGUGUGAUGCAUGAAAAAGAGAAGAAGUAGUAAAGUUGUGUGAUGUAAAGAAGGGUGUGAAGCUGUCGGGUUUUGGACUGUUCAACCAAAGAUUUUUAAGAAGCAGCAAUGUCACUGAAGGUAUGUUUGAAACAAUAUUUGGUAAAAAAAAAAGAAAAAUGGCUACUUUAUCAAAACAUUUACAUUUUAUGUUCUUUCUAUAUACAAGUAAAUACUGUAUUUAUUUUAUUCCUAAAAAGUUUGCAUCUUUGCUUUCUUCGCAAACCGUAUUCAAAGAAAUUUUUGCAUGCUGGCGAGUUUAAUCAAUGUAAAUAUCACAGAGUAAAUCUCUUGGUAGGGCGUGGGUGACUUGGAUGACUUGGGGCCUAAAAAUGUUGUUGGAUUUUUUUUUAGAGCUUUCUGUAGAGAAAGAAAAUAAAGAAAAAAGCACAGUUGUUCUCUUCAGAACAACAGAAAACAUCUGACUUCAGAACAUCUGUAUUGGUCUCCUCCAACUUCCACUGUUCUCUUCAGAACAACAGAACACAUCUGAAUUCCACUGUUCUCUUCAGAACAACAGAACACUUCUGACUUUUACUGUUAUCUUCCGAACAACAGAACAUAUCUGACUUCCACUGUUCUCUUCAGAACAACAGAACACAUCUGAAUUCCACUGUUUUCUUCAGAACAACAGAACACAUCUGACUUCCACUGUUCUCUUCAGAACAACAGAACACAUCUGACUUCCACUGUUCUCUUCAGAACAAACAAACACAUCUGACUUGCACUGUUCUCUUCAGAACAACAGAACACAUCUGACUUCCACUGUUUUCUUCAGAACAACAGAACACAUCUGACUUCCACUGUUCUCUUCAGAACAACAGAACACAACUGACUUCCACUGUUCUCUUCAGAACAACAGAACACAUCUGACUUCCACUGUUCUCUUCAGAACAACAGAACACAUCUGACUUCCACUGUUCUCUUCAGAACAAACAAACACAUCUGACUUGCACUGUUCUCUUCAGAACAACAGAACACAUCUGACUUCCACUGUUCUCUUCAGAACAACAGAACACAUCUGACUUCCACUGUUCUCUUCAGAACAAACGAACACAUCUGACUUGCACUGUUCUCUUCAGAACAACAGAACACAUCUGACUUGCACUGUUCUCUUCAGAACAACAGAACACAUCUGACUUCCACUGUUCUCUUCAGAACAACAGAACACAUCUGACUUCCACUGUUUUCUUCAGAACAACAGAACACAUCUGACUUCCACUGUUCUCUUCAGAACAAACGAACACAUCUGACUUGCACUGUUCUCUUCAGAACAACAGAACACAUCUGACUUCCACUGUUCUCUUCAGAACAACAGAACACAUCUGAAUUCCACUGUUCUCUUCAGAACAACAGAACACAUCUGAAUUCCACUGUUCUCUUCAGAACAACAGAACACAUCUGACUUCCACUGUUUUCUUCAGAACAACAGAACACAACUGACUUCCACUGUUUUCUUCAGAACAACAUAACACAUCUGACUUCCACUGUUCUCUUCAGAACAACAGAACACAUCUGACUUCCACUGUUCUCUUCAGAACAACAGAACACAUCAGCUGUUCUCUUCUGAACAACAGAACACAUCAGCUGUUCUCUUCAGAACAACAUAACACAUCAGCUGUUCUCUCCAGAACAACAGAACACAUCUGUAUUGGUCUCCUCUGACUUCCAACCUUCUUUUCCCCUCUUCUUUUGAAUGGUUGAAGGAUGGAGGAUAGAUAGAAGCUUGUCCAGUUUGGUCCAACUAUUCACCUACAAAGGGAUAUUAGAACCCUGUAAUGACGCUGGGAGCCGGCGUCUGUUGUUACCCUUCUAGACCAGCCUGCAAAGCACCCCUCUAUGGAUACAUUUGGUUUUGGCUGAUUGGUUCCCAUAAGUGCCACUCCUCUCCUCUUCGCUGUGCAUGUAUAAGCAUCAUGGAAGGUCAGAGUUCACUGCUGAUUUUUGAAGAGCGGACGGGCAACGAGAGUCCAGGUUGCUACGACUAAAGCAUCAAGCUCUCUCUCUUCUCCUUCGGAACAUUAAAAUUAUUCUACCCCUGCAACCGUCCCAGUAAAGAUUGAGAGAGUCCACUAUCUUUACAGAUCAGCCUAUCAAACGUGUAACACCCACAUCAUACCCACAAGUAAGCUAUAUACAUAUACAUAUACAUACAUAGAUAUAUAGAUAUAUAUAAAACAUGUUUAUUUUUUUGCUCUGUCACUCUUUUAACUCAUAUAAUAAAUUGACAUAUAUAGUCCAACCAUAAAGAUUACUGAGUGUCGAAAAAAUAUUAUUCUGUACUUUGGCUAAGAUUUAUAAAUCAUGAGACUGAACUACAUCAAUAUAAAUGGUGUGAAGUGUAUGUAUUUUAAAGCUUUGCUUUAAAACAAUUCACUGCAUUACUUUGUUUAUGUUAUGAGUCUUUGUAUAAAGCAUCAUUUGGUAUGGGGGAGAAAGAGCGUCUAGCAAAGUUCUUUGUUGCAAAAUUGUGCCAACAUUUUAAAAAAAAUGUAAAAAUAAACCUGCCUAAAAUGGAAUGGCCAGAGUUAAGCACUUACACGUCAUAUGAAAUAUCAAUGCACCUAUGUGUAGCUGUGUGUUCACUGCAUGUUUGGAGGCCAGAUAUUCUUUCCGUGACUACUUCCUCUAUCUAACAUCGCAGGUUUAGUGAAGCACCACCGUAUUCAAAUCUUAAGCAAUUAUUCAUGUUGUUAUGUAGGGCCUACUGCCCUCAUGUGGUGAACCAACGUUUGACAACCCAUUGUGUUUUUACUCUGGCGUUUUAACUGUGAUUUCAGCAAUGACCAGCGAAACUCAAAUGGCUGAGUAUAUUAUUUUCAGAAUAUGGAAGACAAGUAUUAUGUCACUUUUUUUGGCCAUUAUGAUUUUGUGAAUGUCCUUACUCAAUUGGAUUCUGUUUGGAGCAGAUUAGUCAUACCCCGAUGGUCAAAUCUACUCCAGUGAAAAAAAAAGAACAAGCAUUUACAUGUGGCAUUCUGUCAUGUCAAAAUACACACUAAAUAUUUGCUCGUCCACUUCUGUUACCGCUUAAUGUUUUGUUUUUAUGCUCCACUGGGUCUUCUUCCAUGACGUCUGUACUCGUUCCAUUCUGUUCCAACCGUUCAUUCCUCUUCAAUGAGAAUCCCUCCAUUUUAAAUGAAUUGUAUUUAUUUUUUUUGAUGAGUCUCCACUACUGUAAAACUAUAUGUGUCGAAAGCAUGGUUGAUUCUGCAUUUUUCUAUGAGAAACGUGUGAGAAAUGCUUGUCGGGUCAAUCCCCCCUCUACCACAAAUUGAAUGUCAGUCUCACGUUAUUUGUCGUGUAAGAAGUCUCUUCUGAUGUACAUGUGGCCACUUUGAGGAAAUAGCCUUAGAAUGUGUGCAUGAAUGUGCUGCGAUGCCUGUACAGAAGUGUAUGUAUUUUCAUUUGCUUUAUUGUAUGGCUUUUGUUUCUGAGAAGAAAAAAAACAUAUUAAAAGUAAUUUGUGUU